AUGUCGCGCCGCGAACCUCAGUUCAACCAGCAAGUCCUCGUGGACACCACGCCCAUGCCGGCGGACAUCCCGCGCGUGACCGAGAUUGGCGCGACGUCGGCGCCGCUGACCAGCGCGGCGUACUUCAUCGGCGACCGGUGCAAGGCCUUCAACGACGACUUUAUGAAGUGCAAGGCCGAGUCGAACGGCCGCGGCGAGUUCGACUGUCUCAAGGAGGGGCGGAAGGUGACGCGGUGUGCGGCGUCUGUCAUCAAAGAUAUCAACGCCAACUGCCUGAAACAAUUCACCGCCCACUGGGAGUGUCUCGAGAACAACAACCACCACCUGUGGGAGUGCCGGAAGCAGGAGAUGGAGCUGAACAACUGUGUUUUUGAGAAGCUGGGCCUCAAGAAGACCAUCCCCGGCGCCCCCGAGAACCAGACGCCCGUGCAUCUGCGCCCCAAGCAGACCUUUGCGCAGUACCCGGGUCCUCAGUGGUAG